CGCCGCCGACGACGACGGGGCCCUCCCUCUCGGCCACCCAAGUGCCCCUGCCUGGCGAUCUUCCUCCAAUGAUCUCAAGUAGUCGGGGGAGCUAGAACAUUUGGCGAAACAGCUUCCUCACAAACCGUUCUUCGGCGCUGGUGCUCAAAAAUCCGUACAAAUAUAGCUCACAAUAAUGGCGGCCAAGAAGCUGGUCCGAGACAUGGUGCUCUUGGGACACCCUCUUCGUCUCCGCCUUAGUUCUCAUGCCCAGGCUUCGAGUUCGAGGCUGAGGUUGAUUACCGCAGCUGGGCGCUUGUGUGAUCGCCGAUAUACCGUGUUUAAUGAGUUCUCUAAAAAAAUUCAAGGCGAAGCUAGCGGCAAUCCAGAGUUUCAAAAGUCAGUGAAGCAGCUGAAAGAAAAAGCAGAAGAGCUUAAAGGGGUGAAAGAGGAGGUUAAAGUUAGAACAAAACAGACAACUGAGCAGUUGUACAAGCAUGUGGAUGGUGUUUGGAUGGAGGCUGAAGCUACCGCAAAGAAGGUUUCUGCCAAUGUGAAGGAAAAAAUAUCUUCUGCAACUGAGGAGGUCAAAGAACAGUUGGGGAUUGGGAAGCAAGAGGAAUCAGCAUCCGCGAGUGGUUCAACAAAACACGAUGCUCACGCCAAAGGUGGAAAUGAGGGAAAAUCAACAGAAGAAAAAUGCAAGCAGGCUGGUUCUGGUGAUAACACAGAAUCAUAUUUUGGCAAAUACAGAACAAGCUUCUUUUCCUCUUCUCCUAAGGUCUCGUCGACUUUCGAGAAGCUGAAGGAAGUAAAGGUUGUUGACUUGGCGAAGAAGGGAUAUGAUAUUGUCAAGGAUGAGUUGAGUGGUAGCCCCAGUAAGAGAAAGCAUAUGGAACAAGCACCUACCACGUCAACAGUCGAAAGAAGUACAAGAACUGAUAUAGUUAUUCUACCUUCUAAGCAGUCUCCAUGGAGUAAAAAGUGGGAAGCAUUUAAGGAGAAGGUCAAAGGGCAUCCCAUGUUCAAGCGUAUUGGUAAUGUGAGCGAGCCAGUUGUAACGAAAGGUCAGGAGAUUGCAGAAGAUAUGCGGGAGAGAUGGGAAACUAGUGACAACCCCGUUGUGCAUAAAAUUCAGGAUCUCAAUGAAACUAUCUUUCAAGAAACAGAUGCUGCAGCAUCGAUGAAGGAAAUACGCCGGCGAGACCCAUCUUUCUCUUUACCAGAGUUUGUGGCUGAAGUCCAGGAAGUAGUAAAUCCUGUGCUCAAUGCUUACAUUAAGGGAGAUGUUGAAACUCUAAAGAAAUAUUGUAGCUCUGAAAUCAUUGAGAGAUGCAAAGCCGAGCAUGGUGCUUAUCAGAGCCAUGGCAUUUUUUUCGACAAUAGGAUUCUGCAUGUGUCCGAUGUUGACGUAAGAGAAACGAAAAUGAUGGGCACUUCACCAAUUAUCAUUGUCGGGUUUCAAACUCAACAAAUAUAUUGUGUACGUGACCGAAAUGGUGCCAUAACUGAAGGUGGCAAGGAUACGAUACACACCGUCUACUAUGCCUGGGCAAUGCAACAAGUGGAUCCGGAAGAGCUUGGGGAAGGUGCUAUCUACCCCAUCUGGAGGUUAAGAGAAAUGCAACAGAUCGGUGUCCAAGCUCUAAUAUGAUGGUGCUAUACUCAUUUAAUCAUUUGAUUCAGGGAAAGACAAGGCAUCGUUCUUGCGUCAGGGUAGAUUGAUCCGUUGCUUCUUAGUAUAGCAAUGAGAUUGAUUCAUUGCUGUGAUUGGGAUAGAAGCUCAUUGAGGUAGGAUAUUCCCUUUUUUCAUUUGAGGGUUUUGACAUCGAAAGGCCACUGCCAAUUUUGAGGGAUUACCAUUACAGGAAAGAAAGUGUAUUAUUUGAUGUUUCAUCUCGUGUAAAAUAAAUCUGGAAACAAUCAUGAGAAUGAUUAGAAAGUGGUAUACUGCUGUUUCCAUUUGAUUCUUACUGUCA